AUGGCAGCACUAGUAGAAAGCUUUGUUAAGGCUAUAAUCGAAGAAGAAAUAGACACUAGUUUUUCUGAGUGGGGCGAAUCACUAAGGUCUUGGGUAUCUCUGAUGAUAGGGUACCUAGAGGUUAACAACGAUAUCCUCGAUAUAUGUCCGGAUAAACAAGUAGUGGACUGGUAUAGUCAUAACUUUGGUCGAAUCUAUGAGGCCAAUUUCGGUCCUAUAGAUCGGCGCAUUUCAAAACGUCUCGGCUCUGGGAAAGAGAUGCCAAUAGAUAUGAGGGGAAAUCCUCUUUGA